AUGCACUUCUCAAAGGCAGAUGCGAUCUCACAGUCUCGGUCGGUUCGGCUGGACUGCGUUAGGGCUCAUGAACAGUGUUUGGCGAAGUACGGCUGCAGCACAAAGUACCGAACCAUGAGACAGUGUGUGGCCGGGAGAGCCGGGAACUACAGCAUGCUGGCGGAACCCGAGGCGCAGGACGAGUGCAGGAGCGCCAUCGAGUCCAUGAAGCAAAGUCCUCUGUAUGACUGCAAGUGUAGGAGAGGAAUGAAGAAAGAGAAAAACUGUCUGCGCAUCUUCUGGAGUAUAUACCAAAGUUUACAAGCCAACGACUUGCUAGAGGACUCACCAUAUGAGCCAGUAAACAGCCGUUUGUCUGAUAUUUUUCGUCUGGCUCCAAUAAUAUCAGCCUAUGUCUCUUAG